ACCCUUAGUAAUUCAUACACAUACUUGUUUAAUUGCUCAAAGUGCAUGUAAAUAUCUGCCUCUAUAAAUUGCGUUUCAGAUCACUUGCAUUAUGUAGGGAAACACAAAACCGAAAACACUUGAAAGGCAAUAGAGUUGAUAAGUCUCCCAUCUAUAACUUACUACAUAACAAGUUCUCGACAUGGCUUCAUUCCAUAGCUUGAAGACUUUGGCCAUUGUUGUUCUUACAAUUUCCUCCUUUGUGCAAGUCGCUCUAGGGGAUAUAGCAUGCGAGAACUUAAACGAAGACUCAUGUGCAUUCGCAAUAUCAAGCAAUGGGAAGCGUUGCGUGCUAGAAAAACAUCUGCGAAGGAGUGGUGAAGAAGAAUAUAUAUGCCGCACAUCAGAAAUAGAGGCUGAUAAUAAGCUCAAAGAUUGGAUUGAAAGCGAUGAAUGCAUUGAGGCAUGCGGCGUCGAUAGAAACUCCCUCGGCAUUUCUUCCGACGAACUCCUAGAAUCUCGCUUUACUAACAAGCUUUGCUCCCCUGCCUGCUACAAACACUGCCCUAACAUUGUUGACCUCUACUUCAACCUUGCCGCUGGUGAAGGUGUAUAUCUUCCCAAGUUGUGCGCAGAACAAGGGAAAAGUGCAAGGCGAGAAAUAGCGGAGAUCAGAAGCUCGGGAUUGGUGGCGCCAGCUCCGGAAUCAGAAGUCAAGCCCAGCAAUUUCAUGAUUGCUCGGGCAAUGCCUCCUUUCUAAAUUCGAUAAAGAUUAAAUAUAUUCAGCUCUACAAGUAUACAAUGGUCUUUAGUUGUAUUGUAGUAUGAAAAUAAGGACUCUGGGCAGGCCCAGUUAAUAUUACAUUUGAAUCUAGGUAUGGUUUGUUAGUUGUUACAUUUCAGUAUAAGCAUAUACAAUAUUUAUAAGGUAGGUGGAGAAAUGCCUCAGAGAUACAAUGGCAUUCCCCCUGUCCAGCCCAUUUUCCUCUAUUUUUGUAAUGGAGUAUGAAUAUACUACUUAAUAGCGCUUAAAUAGUGCUUUUCUAUGAAGUGGAGUACUUUCUUGGUC